AUGAGCGAUAAUUUAGAAAAUCAGUAUCAAUCGAUCAAGAAAGACAAUGAGAAAUUGCCGGUGCCGGAAACUCCAGUUUCCGGAGAACGGAAGCUGACGAUAAAGUUCAAGAUUAGGAAUGUGGAAAAGGGGGUUGAAGAAAAUCCGAUUAGACGUCAAGGGAAGAACUCUCAGAGUAAGGUCUGCACUGUGUGCAAAAAAGAGUUUAUCUCUGGUAAAGCUCUCGGAGGUCACGUUAAAGUUCACUUUCAGGAUCACAACAAAGAACAACUUCUCAAGCAGCUCAAAAUCGGUAAUAAAAAACCCAAAAAGUUGAAGAAACAAAAUCUACAAUGGGCCAUCUAUUCUUCCAAGAAAAGAGAUUCUAAUGAAGUCACCAAUGAGAGCUCGGAGGGAAAUGGAAAGCCAACUGUUUGUUUUAUUUGCAGAAAGAAAUUUUCCUCGCCGAAGGCCUUGUUUGGGCACAUGAGGUGCCAUCAUGAGAAGGAACGGAGGGGAAUUGAGUCGCCUAUGGCGGUUAAGAACAGUCAAUCUUCCUCUGUAUCUGAAUCCAAGCCUAGGAAAAUUGAUGAUCACGUUGAUUCAGAUGGUGCAACUGUGGACAACCCAGUGAUUGAUUUGAUGGAGUCAUUACCAAUGUGGCCGGUGACAGGCAGGCGAAUGUGGCCUGGGACAGGCAGGCGAACCCCGAGAGUCCCGAGAGUCGUGGCCGACACAUUGGAGAAUUCGAGCUCAGAGGAGGUGGAGGUGGAGAAGAAGCGAUUCUGUGACGCGGUGGAUGAAUUCCUUAGGCUAGCUCAAGAUAAUUCUUUUGACUCUGGCCUAGUCCAUAAUGAUAAAAUUGAGGAAUAUGAGGUUUCAAACUGCAAUGCUCUGACAAAUGAGGCUGAAAUUGAGGACAAACAUCGGGUUUCUGAAUCGAAUAAACGAAGAAUUGAGGCGUCGCCUGUUGGAUACAGAAGGGAUUAUCCUGUGAAGAAGCUGAGAAUUGAAGAAGGAGGGUUCAAUACUAAUGGUGGACACAUUGGUGUGGUACCUACAUAUAUGGAUAAAGGCAAAGGAAAGGCUAUAUUGGAGACUCAGAAUUGUGAAUGGGUUGAUGCAAAAGAUUGGAACAGAGAAGUUGAAGAUUACAUGAAUUGUACAGACGAUGAGUACUCUGAUAUCAAAGACACCGAAGACUUGUGCGAAGGACAGCUCACGAAUUACAAAUGGGAGAGAACUAGUCCUAGGUCGGUGAUGAUUAGUAGCAAGAAGAUCAAGAGAAAUAAGCCAAUUGUGAGGAGGAGUACUCCCAAUAAGUACCAAUGCAGCAAUUGUGAUAGGGGCUAUUCUAUCAAACAAGCAUUAGGUGGUCACAUGUCCUACCACAAGAGAGACAAGAACUUUCAUAACACCAUUGAUGACCCUUCAUCUGCAGCUGCUGAGGAUAAACACCAUCACAAUCCCGCCUCACGAGUGGACGGAGAGCUUGUGCAGAACACACACCAAUGUGAGAUUUGUAACGGACCUUUCCUUACAGGUCAGGCUCUUGGGGGUCACAAGAGGUUCUGUCCCCUGAGCAGUAGUCCGGUUGAAGCUCCAUCGAGCCUAGCAGCUUCGCCAGGGGAAGCCAGUCAAACGGUUCGUAAAAUUUUAGGGUUUGAUCUCAAUGAGCUUCCUCCCAUGGAGGAUGAAGAAUGGUGAUGAUUAUGAGCUAGUUGAAUAUUUCAGUUUUUUGCAGCUUCUAAAGGAACUGAGCUACUGAGAGGUCAGUUCCUCUAAUUCUACCUUGUGAUGCUUCACCUGUUGAGUUUUGUAGUGGAAAGGCAGUGGCUUAGAUAGGAUUGAGGAACCAAACUUGGUUCCUUUUUGUUUUCUCUAACAAAAUGUAAAGGAACUUCACAUAGGCUUUUAAUUUCACAGUAUUGAUGUACACAUGAGUUCUUUGUAGUUUUGCUUUUGCAAAACCUU